AUGGAUCUGUUCAGUAAGGCGUUGCAAGGUGUAGAGAAUGUUGAAGAGGCGGACCUGCGGCUGCCUCCUGUGACGGAUGACGGUAGUAACGGUGACUCUGCAGCGCAGAGUACAGUGAACAGUGAGGUUCCAGCAGGUGAGGGUGGGGCGGAGGAGCCACCAGCAGAUCAGCCGCGUGAGGGUGCUGAGGUUGUCAGUGGGAAGGGGGAGGCUGCGGAGGUCUCGGUCGAUGCUGCCUCUUCCGCAGACUCUGACAGCAGUAGUUCUGGAUCGGACUCUGGGUCUGAGUCUGGGACUGGGUCUGAUGCAGACGGCGCGGAGGAGGAAGAUGUUCCCCUGGACGAGGAGGAGGACGAAGCUGACGGUGUUGCACCCAUUCGGUCCAAACACGAAAUUGCUGAGGAACCCGUAGAGGAGAUCCCAGAAAACUAUAAAAUUGAUGAAAAUACCAGUAUAUUGGAAAUUGGUGCCAUAAAAUCCAUUUUGGAUUCUAACAUCAUUAUCCAUGGUGCCCUCUCUGGUGAGAAGAGGGUUCUUAAGGAGGGGUCGAUUCUUUGUCUUGGAGACAGGAACGUGAUCGGAUCACUCACUGAGGUGUUUGGACAACUGCAUAAUCCCUACUACAGAGUCAGAAUUCCAGCAGAGAAGAAGGAGUUAUUGGAGUCCUUGGGGGGAAAGAUCGGGGAAAAGGCGUAUAUUGUCGUCCCGGAUGCACACUGGGUGGACACUUUUGAAUUGAAACGGAUGAAAGGUACGGAUGCGUCAAACGGGUUUGACGAAGAGCUGCCCGAGGAUGAACAAGAGUUUUCGGAUGAUGAAAUGGAGGCAAGAGCUAAGAAGGCCAAGAAGGAUCAAAAGAAAAAGAGAAAACCUGCCGCAAGCGCGGGUGACAACGAUCGCCAUACUGCACCAAACAGAAAUCAGACACCACAGUACAAGAAAAUGAGGCCGCCAAUAAAUAUGGUGAACCCUCAAAACAAUUAUAGAUCAAGAAACUCUCGGGAGGGUGGCAAGGUAGACCAUAAUCCGCAGGCAAAAGAGCAGUUCGUGACUCAAGAAAGACCAGCACAACUGCCUGUUCCAUCGCAACCACCAGUGCCGCAAUCAUAUCCAUAUAUUCCACAGCAGCAGCAACAGCAUCAUCAACCAUAUAUGCAGUAUGGUAUGGCGCCAGCUCCUCCAUUUCAACUACAACCGCAGAUGAUGCCGUACCCGCACCAACAGGGCAUGUACAUUCCACCACCUCAUCAGCAACAACAAUUUCCAAAUAUGCAUUACAACGGCACUAAUCCACAGAUGAUGCCUCAAUCAUCUCCAAACCCAGGAGCGCCGCAACAGAACAUGGCUCAGAUUUAUCAACUGCAUCAAUUACUGCUGCAACAGCAACAAAAUCAACAGAGGCAGCAGCCGUACCCAUCAACUUUGAACCAACAGCAACAACAACAGCAAAAUCAACAGCAAAAUGGUGAUAGCGAUAUUCCAUACUAG